AUGAGUAGCAUCACAUUUACAUUGACGAUGUUCUCGGGACUUCGACACAGAAUCAAAAAACGAUUUUCGCAAGAGGAAGAUGAAAGUCCGUUCAGAGAAGGGACGGAUCAAAGGAAGAAGUCGAGAAGACCGCCAAAUACGGCCUUUAUGCAGCAACGAUUGAAGUCGUGGCAGCCUAUUCUCACCCCAAAGGCGGUGUUACCCUUACUAUUGCUAAUGGCCAUCAUAUGUAUUCCAAUCGGAAUAGGCUUUUUGAUCACCACUUAUAAUAUUCAGAAGAUUGAAAUCAACUAUAGUCAAUGCGAUAGUAUAGCUAGUUCUGAAUACUCAAGCGUACCUAGCAAAUAUACUAGUACGCAUUUCAGAGUAAAGGGAGAGGCGCAGUACCAGUGGAAGUAUAAUGAUGGGACAUGUACGGUUAAAUUUAACGUUCUCGAUAAUGUUAAGGGUCCGCUUUAUCUCUACUACAAGUUAACCAACUUUUACCAGAACCACCGUAAGUAUGUUUCUUCCUACGAUUGGAAACAGCUUAAAGGUCAUGCAGUUAGUAUUAAUCAGCUCUCUAGCGACUGCGGUAAUAUGAAGUCUCGUGAUGGUAAGAUCAUUUACCCCUGCGGACUUGUUGCCAACUCCAUGUUUAACGAUACAUUCUCUAAUCCUGUCAAUGUGAACGGUGGGUCUGAGUACGAAUUUAGUGCCACAGGUAUUGCGUGGAAGUCUGAUUUGAGCUUAUACCAGCCAUCUAAGUAUAAUGUUAGUGAAAUUGUGCCGCCUCCAAAUUGGGUAGAUACAUAUCCCAAUGGAUAUACCGAGGCGGAUUUAAGUGCACUUGCAAAGAACCAGAGGUUCAUGAACUGGAUGAAGACGGCAGCGUUGCCAUCCUUCGUGAAAAUGUAUGGUAUCAACAAAAGUACAGCUUUAAAAAAGGGGCAAUACGAGGUACAGAUUGGAAUGAACUACCCGGUCACCAUCUUUGGAGGAACCAAAUCGAUGUUAAUCUCUACAUCUACUGUGAUUGGAGGAAGAAGCCUAGGUUUGGGUAUAUGUUACCUUGUAGUUGGUGGAAUAGCGAUAAUAUUUAUGCUUGCCUUCUUGGUCAAGCAAAUAUUCACCAAGAAACGGUUGAAUCACUCUUUCUUGAAUGAAUUGUCUGCUGAGAACGUGGAUACUACUGCUGGCCCUCGGAAUGUUCUAUAG